AUGUCUUCUGAUUCCUCAGUCGUCUACCACUAUCUUGCCAUUGGCAAGCUUGGCCGUGGUGAAGUCGUCAAGCUGUUUUUGACGGAUGCCGGCAUCCCUUUCGAAGAGAAAAGAUAUCCCUUUGACGAUACCUGGAAAGAGACCAGCGAGAAGCUCAAGAGUCAGGGUAUCACCCGAACUGGACAACUUCCAGCUGUCGAGUACAAGGGCCUUGUUCUAAACCAGGCAUAUCUACAGCAUAUUCCAAUCCUCAGGUUCCUGUCUCGUGAGCUGGGAAAAUACGACGGCCAGACGAGUCAAGAUAAGUAUCUGGUAGAUGCCAUGGCAGAUAUCUAUAUCGAGUGGAGAUCUGGUUGGGCAUCUAAUCUGAGCAACGCAUCGGAAGACUACAAGAACAAGACGGUCCCCAAAUACUACGAUCUUCUCGAGAAGUACUAUUCUGAACGUGAGGGUCCUUAUCUUCUUGGAGAUGAAGUCAGUUAUGCAGACUUUGCCGUCUAUAUGUCGAUAGACAACGACACCAGGACCAAAACUAUCCCAUCCAAGAUUCCAGAUGUCCUUCUCAAGUUGAAGGAAGCAUUUGAGAACCGGCCUAACAUUGCCGAAUACAUUAAGCAAGAAUAA